AUGACCGACAAUGCAGCCGGCACAUCAGAGCAUGUGACGAUCAUGGAUGAAGUGGAAGACGAUCAAGAAAAGGGAAAGGAACUGAUGUUUCUCCCGCGCACUUUGGUUGUGGGUGAUCAGACAUUCCCUCGUCGAGAAGACACUACCUCCUACAGCCACUACACAAAUAUCAGCAUACCUGGAAAGACCAUCAUUAUGAGUCAAGCGAGCUCUCGGGAGAUGUCCCGCAGCCCUAGCAAUUCGUCACAGUCGACUGAUAUCACCGAGCCUUCAUCUCAAGGUGAUCUCGACAGCAAAAUCCCCGGCAUAAAGUCGAUUUUCCGACGCUGGAGGCCAUCUUACCAUCUUCAAGCGCCUUCGGGAUGGAUGAACGUAGGUAGAGCCGACAGACUACGCGGUCGGAACGUGCUAAUCUCACUCAGNGAUCCAUGCGCUCCUCACUACGAUCCGCUGAUGGGUCUCUACCAUAUUUCGUAUCAGUCAAAUGCCGAUCUCGACAAUGCAGACUGGGGAGAUAUCGCAUGGCGGACUGCAACCUCACCAGACUUGGUUACAUGGACAAUCAAGCAUUCACCGUCCCUGAACCCAGACACACAGUAUGAUGGGAAGGGUGUCUUUACCGGCUGCAAUAUGCCUACCCGAGACGGCUCAUUGACCUACGUCUAUACCUCCGUCAGUGAGCUACCAAUUCAUCACACACUACAGCAUGUUGUCGGAAGCGAGUCUUUGAGUAUGGCAAAGUCGUUCGAUGGAGGUCGAACUUGNGAAAAGCAUGCAGGAAACCCAAUCCUACCAAGUGAGCCUAUCGAUCUAGAUGUCACGGGUUGGCGUGAUCCUUUCGUCAGCCUAUGGCCCUCGAUGGCAGCAGCACUUGGUGUAGAUCCAUGUGACACUCUGUUCGGCAUCAUCUCAGGAGGUAUCAGAGAUGUCACACCGACGACUUUCCUGUACAGCAUUGAUGCCAACGAUCUCACGCACUGGCAGUACAUCGGUCCUCUGGUCAACUUUGGUCUGAACUUCCGUGCUUCGAGAUGGUCAGGGGACCUGGGCAAAAACUGGGAGGUCACGAACUUCAUGACGCUUCGAGAUACUGUAGACCCCUCUAUGACUCGAGACUUCCUCGUCAUGGGCACUGAAGGUUGUCUGCCAAGUGACUUGGCUCCUGCACUGUCCUUGGGAGAUUCUGCAGGUCCCUCUCGGCCACAGCGCGGUCAGCUGUGGAUGUCUGGCUCGAUCAAGCACAAUCGAGACCAUCCUUCAUCGGGCAGCGGUCCUGUGCACAUGGACUAUCAAUUCGGGGGUCAUCUUGAUCAUGGGUGUCUGUACGCUGCUAAUUCGUUCUUCGACACCAAGACAUCCAAGCACGUCGUCUGGGGCUGGAUCACGGAGGAAGACUUGUGUGACGACCUCCGGCACGAACAGGGCUGGAGCGGUCUACUCUCUUUACCCAGAGAGAUGCAGCUCCAAACACUGAAGCACGUGGUCUCAGCCAGAGCAUCAAGCUUGAAGACCAUCACGUCAAUCGAUCUGGAACCAAAUUCAACUGGCACCUAUACAAUAUGCACUUUGGCCACGAAGCCUGUCACCUCGGUCGUCCAGCAAUUACGCUCUGGAGCUUCGGUGCGACGAGCCAGUCUCAGUCAACCUCUUCGCUGCCGAGACUCUCUCAUCAUGGCUUUCACAUCUGAUGAUGUCAAGACAUCAGCUUGGGAGCUAGACUGCUCGUUCUCUGUUUCAAGGUUCUGCCAUGAGAUUGGUCUGCGGAUCGUGCACUCUCGAGGUAAAUCUAGCAUGAUCUCAAGAACAGCGCAACUGAUACUAACUGCCGAUAUUNNAGACUUCACUAAAACAACUACGCUCGCGUUCUCGCCAGCGAGAGAGACAUUCACAAUCGAACGUCCUUCUUUCUCAACGCUGGGAUGCGCGGAACUUAUUAACAGCGCUCCAGAGAUUGCUCCACAUACACUGUUCACUUCAGUUGAUGCCAACGGCAGAUAUGUGGAGGAACAACUACAUAUACAGGUCUGGCGUGACAAUUCUGUGCUCGAAGUGUUUGUGAAUGGACGCACAGCUAUCUCAACACGCCUCUAUGCAGCAGAAGAGACCAUUGGCAUACAACUCUUCGCAGAUGAUGCAAUCAAGUCUGAUGGUGUCUGCGACCGAACUUUCCCUGUCUUUGGUCACCAUGGUCCAUCAGAAUUGAUUUUCGCCACACUGUUUGAUGGGAUUCGGUGCUGA